UAUUCUUUGACCCUGUUAGUUAUUCCCUCCCCUUCUUUAUUGCCCUGAGUUCUCUUCCUUUUUCCACACUCCAAUCACUUUUUUCAUGUUCUCAUUCAGUGAAGAUGAGGAAAUUGCAAGCAGAAAUAGUUUCUGAUUAAACUUCUUGGCUCGAGAAGAAAAGACGCUCGUUACUUUUCACCCAGGAGUGGAUUUGUGGCUUGACUUCCCCAUGGCUGCCUGCCGUGUGUGUGACCUCAGGGUGCUGGUGGCCAUCGUGUGUGGGCUGCUGACCGCCGUCACUUUGGGACUGACCACCUGGAUGGCUGUCAAGAUACUGACAGAUUUAAAGACCUCAGUGUCCCCAACCAAAACUAACCAGUCAGUAAAUCGUAAUAAUCCUAUCUCAGAAACACCUCCCUCCUCAGGAAGACCUUUUAAAGGGGACUGCAGGAAUGGUGGAACCUGGCAAAAUGGCACAUGUCUUUGUACAGAAGACUGGAAAGGACUGAGAUGUACAAUAAUUAAUUUCUGUCCAAACAGUACCUCUGGGAAUUUUACUUUUGGCAAUAUUUCAGUGGGAAGAUAUGGACCUUCCUUGGAAACAUGUGGCAGGGACACUCACAAUGCGGGCAGCCCAAGAGCAACCCGGCUGUGCUACCUUACUGAAGAUGGAGAGAUAGAAUUACAAAAUGCGACAAUAGCAGAUUGCAAUACAAAUCUGGAAACCCUGGGAGAGCAGGUAUGCCCUAUGGCCCAUGUGAUAGGCAACUGGAAAAAACUAAGUGAUUCGUCAGAAAAUGCUCCAACUGUUUCUAAACAAGUCCUGAUUUUAACAUCUAAUAUCACAAAUUUAGAGCCUCAGAACAUCACUUCUGCUACUAAAGUGGUGGGACAGAUCUUCAACAUAACCACAAAUGAUUCAGCUCAGGCAAAAAUAGAUGCUGUCACAACAGUGAGUCAACUUCUAGGUGCCAAAGAAGAAGUUUUUAAAAAAGCUGUCGCUGAAGAUGAACAGGUCUUUUCAACGCUUGUUACUCAAAUGGAGACCUACUCCUGGUCUUUGGGCAAUAAUUCAGUGGUGAACCCUAAUAUAGCAAUACAGUCUUUCUCUUUACCUCCAGAAGACACUGGGGAGUCUACAGGUGUUCUCUUCACUGUGGACAAAGGAGCUAGCAAUUCUCUUGUUUCUGGUUCCACAAGUGUAGAAUCAAACAAAGACGGUGUUCAUCCAAAUAAAACGACUGAACUUCAGAUCUGGCUCAAUACACCAAAAAGUAAUGCCACGUCAUAUGGCUUUAUAGUGUAUCAAAACAGCAAGCUUUUCCAAUCAAAAAUUUUUAAAAGUACAUCAAAUGACAGUAUAAGAGUUGUCUCAAGCACAGCUAAUAACACUGGGAACAAACAGAAUAUUUCUGUCCAAAUGGCCUUUCGUCAACAGUACACUAAAAAGAAGUUCCAAUCUUAUGCCUGUGUCUAUUGGAAUACUACAAAGAAGGAUUGGGACACAGAUGGCUGUUUCAAAGAUGUAAGCAGGGAUAAGGUGCUGUACUGCCGCUGUAACCACACUACAAACUUUGCCGUGUUACUGAGUUUUACAGAGGCUAAUUAUCCUGGCCUAAACGAAUUAACCUCUGUUGGAUGUGCGCUGUCCAUUACUGGUCUGAUUCUCACAAUUAUAUUUCAGAUUGUCACCAGGAAAGUCAGAAAAACCUCAGUAACCUGGGUGUUGGUCAGUCUGUGCACAUCAAUGUUGAUUUUCAACCUCCUCUUUGUGAAUGGAAUUGAAAACAAAAAUAAGUAUGAAAAUGGUACUGGUGAUGCUAAUAAAAAUGAAAUUAAGCCAGAAAUCCUUCCAAAUAAAACGUGUACGGCGAUUGCUAUCUUGCUGCACUAUUUUCUGUUGGCGAUGUUUACCUGGACUGGAGUCAGCGCUGUGCAGCUCUACUUCCUUCUGAUCAGGACCAUGAAGCCUCUUCCUCAACGGUUCACUCUUUACAUGUCUUUAAUUGGAUGGGGGGUCCCAGCUAUCAUGGUAGCUAUGACAGUGGGAAUUAUUUUUUCUCAGGAUUCUUCACAAUGGGAUCUAAACUACCGGCAAGAAGAAAUCUGCUGGUUGGCAUUGACAAAAGAAAAUGAGUUUAAAAGAAGUCCACUUUUGUGGUCAGUCGUUUUACCUGUGGCCAUUAUCCUCACCAACAAUGUUGUUCUAUAUAUUAUCAUUAUAGUCAAAGUGGUGUGGAAGAAUGACCAGAAUCUGACAAGCACGAAAAAGGUUUCAUUGCUAAAGAAGGUUUUCAGCACAUUAUCUAUCGCAGUCAUAUUUGGAAUUACCUGGAUCCUGGGAUUUGUUAUGCUAACACAUGAUGGGACAUUCAGAGAUGUCCUCAGCUACAUAUUCUGCAUUUUCAACACUACUCAGGGAUUGCAAAUUUUCAUCCUCUACACUGUCAGAACAAAAAUCUUCCAGAAUGAAGCUGCCAAAAUGUUGAAGCUGCUAUCAUCAUCCGCUGAUAGAGUGAAGCUGCUGCCAUCCAAGACCAGGAUGAGGCUGCGUGCGAGGAUGUAUAACAUGCUCAGCUCAUUCCCAGCCCUAAACGAACGCUUUAGGCUGCUGGAGCCAGCUGUGGUUACCGAGGAAAUGACACUCUCUGAAAGUGACCAAGCCAGCAUAAGCAUCUAGACAGUAAAGCCAUUGCCUUCUGUGGUCCUUCUCAUUCAACUUGUGUGAGUUUUGCUUUUUCUAUUUCUUUCCUUUGUUAACUAGUCCUUCAGGAAAGUCUCCCUCAAUAUAUUUAGCUCAAGGUUAAAAACCAGGUAAAACCUGUUGUUUUUUUUUAUCAUCAGGGAUCCUGGAUUUGGUAGGUCCCCCCCCAACCCCCCUUGUUAUUCAACAGAUUCUUACCUGAACGAGGUGAAGAAUCCCAUCCAGCAUUCAAAAUAAUUCAAGAUUAUCAUUGCUCUGUGUAUAUCAUAAAGUCUGUGACAAACUUUGAUAAAAAUGUAGAACCUAAACAAAUUUCUUUUAUGAUUUACUACAAAGGAUACAAGGAGAAAAAUUUACCACCU